CAAACAGUGUUCUUUGUAUCUAUUCAAGUUUCUGUGGAAAUAAGUAGAAGGCAUUAGUUUUGGAGUGAUCUACAUAAUACAAUUUGUAUAUAUUCUGUGCGGUCCUGGCAAACCAAAAGGUUGGACACCCAUGCCUUAGCCCAAACAGAACCAUCCUUUGCCACAAGGCUUCCUCGUUCAGCUCGUUCAUGCUGACCUCACAAGGUUUUCAUAAAAAGUAACCAGGCACCAGCAUUUUUAAUACCUCGUGUAAAAAAACACACAUUAUCCAACUCAUGACUACAGUCACUCGAUUCAAGAUCCAAGUUGUGUUUGCAUGAAGUCACACCUAGACCUAUCUGAACAAUGCCUGCUGGUAGCAGUAUACCCUUGUGAAUUAAAUUCAUGAGACGGGAAGGUCCCCAAAUGAUCACACUCUGUCAUCUCAUUUUUCUACUGUUUCACUGGCCAUAGGAGGACAGCAAACCAUGUUCCAGAUCUAAAUAUAUUGUUUCAGUGCCACUGAAAGAUUAGGAGCCAAACUCUAGCAGCCUUUCUAUUCCUCAUAUUCCUCCUUUACCAGACACUACAAUGGGAGCCACAUUUCCCUGAGAUCCCAGUCUACAUAAAUAGGGUCAGACUGCUGUACCUGGCCUGGCUGUUGGAAUAGCCUCAGUUCUAUUAUUAAUAAUUUGUUAGUUUCAGGUGGGACAGAGCUUUUUUCUCCUCAACAGCUGGUAUGAUACUGUGCUUUGGUUUUACGAGAAAGACGACAAGGAUAAAUACACCCAUGUUUCUAGUCGCUGCUGAGAAGUGUUGUGAAGAGCCUGUUGCUCUGUUGCUAAGCAGAGUUGUACAGAGCCAAGGCAGUUCCAGUUUCUCAGCUCCUAUCAGCAAAGGGCUGAGGGAUGGGGGAGGUGCAAGAAGCUGGGAGCGGACAGAAUCAGGACAGCUGGCUUAAUCUGGCCAAAGGGAUAUUCCGUACCAUAUGACAUCAAGUAGAAGGACUUUUGAAAGGAAUUUGAGUUCUUUCUCUCAUUUGGCAGGUGGUGAGCAAUUGCUUGUGCAUCACUUGUUAUAUACAUUCACAUAUAUAUAUUUGUCAUAAAUACUAUACUUUUCCUUUUCUCUGUCUUAGUUUUACCUCAACUCAUAAGUUCUACUUGGUGUAUACUUUGUGCCUGUUUUUUUUUUUUUUUUUUUUUUCCCUACGCCACUGUGAAGGGGGAAGAGUGAGCAAGCAACUGCGUGGUGCUUAGCCACCUGCCAGGUGAAACCACAAUAUAAUUCUAACACAUUCUCAUGCUAUUCAUUCCGUUCCCAUGAUUUUCCUUUUUUAUGUGAAUUAUGUAAGAGGUGAGCAAUAACAGAAAAAUCAGUUAUGUGUGUACAUCAAUAACUUAGAGCAGCCAGCAGCUGCUGGAAUUCCUUUUUGAUUAGUGGUUUCCGUGCAUGUUCUGUUCCUUCUGGGGUAUCUGAAGGAAUUUCUAGUUUAGAGGUUAUUAAUUUUUCUUAUACACUUUCCGUAAUAUGUUUGACUUCUGCUGAAUUGUUUCCUUCUAUCAGUAUAUCGUUGAUGCAUGCAUAGAUGGUAACGUGUGGUGGGCUUCAGGUUUCUGCUAAAAUCUUCACCAAGGCAUCAGUGGGAAAUGGUAAAGGAAUUUGUAUGCCUCUAGGGCAGAACGCGUUAAUCUGUGGAAUUGUUUAGCCAAGACUGAGAAUGGAGUCUGUUUUAGUAGGAGAUGUAAUUUUUCCUGUAGUUGCCUUUGUCUUCUUUCAACUGACACCAACAGCAUUUUAAGUUCCCUAAGUUCUAUUUUUAGACUCAUAGAUUCAUAGAAUGGCUUGGGUUGCCAUAAGGUUAAAGGACUUAAAGAUCACCUAGUUCCAAUCUCCUGCUGUGGGCAGGGUUGCCAGACACCAGAACAAGCUGCUGAGGGCUCCAUCCAAUGUGGACUUGAAAACUUCUGGGGGGGACUCACAGUUUCUCUGUGCAAGCUGUUCCAGUGCUCUCUGAGAGAAAAAUUUCCUCCUAACAUCUAACCUAAAUCUUCCAUCUUAUAGUUUAAACCGUUCCCCCUUUUCCUAUCACUAUUAGACCAUGUAAAAUGUCAGUCCUCUCAUGCUUGUAAGCUCCCUUCAAUACUGGGAGGCUGCGAUGCGGUCUCCAAAGAGCCUUUUCUUCUCCAAGCUAAGCAGGCCCAACUCCCUCAACCUUUCUUCAUAGAAGCCCUGCUCCAACAGCUUCACAUGCUUCCUGUGCUGGAGGCUCAAGACUUGGACGCAGUUCUCCAGGUAGGGCCUCACAAGUCAGAGUAGAAGACGACAAUCACUUCCCUCUCCUUGCUGGCCAUCCCUCUUUUUAGGUUUUGGUUUUCAAUCAUGAGAGUAUCUAACUGUGUCUCCAGUUUCUCUCAGUUUCCCUCUUUCAACAAUUAAUAGAGUGUUGUGUGAAAACACCACACUGAGGGGCAAUGCUGAGGCAGUGUUGAGAUAUUCUUCUGACGCUACUCAAGGUGGUCAGAGGGCUAUGUAUGAGAGUGCACCUACAAAUUCUGUGUUAAUAUUUUCAGCAUUGAGACUGUUGGGAAAUUUUUUUCUUAAGAAGGCUUGCCCAAUUAUCCUUAUUGCAAAAAGAGCCAUAGGAGGGUCUUUAGCUUUCUUUGUUCAAAUAAAGAAUCUACUAGGGGCACUUCCCCACAGGGUCUCUCAACCUACUGGAAGUCACAGACUUUUUUAUCCCUAUUUCCCAGCCAUAUUGUCCCUUGUCCUUUCCUCUUUGACUAAAGUGCCUGGAGAUUACAGUCUUCCCAGUCCGCCUAAUACACGUUCCUCCAUGUAUGUGAGCUACCCUGUGUAUCACACAUCACAUGUAUAACUAGCUCUAACUGUAUGCUGCCCAAGAUGGAGAAUUUAAUAUUAAUUAGUCUAUUAAGCCUGUGCAGUAAGUCCGAAGUUCACAUGCUCAAGUUUUCAGUUGACCUUUGUAAGUGAAGCCUUAUUUGGUGAGUUUACAGCCAUCAUAUGGAGAGGAAUUUGCAAGCCUCUGCUCAAUUUGUCUGCAAGGACUUGUUUGCAAGCUUCUUUUGUCUCAAGACUGAUAAUAUUAUUUUGUGUCUCAAACACACUCCUAGUCUUGAUACCACAAGCAAUUCACCAUGCUCAGGCAGAAGAUUGAGUUAGCUCCCUACACGCAGCCACAGAAGCAGAGAAGUGAAGGCACAGAAUUUUGGGUGGACACACAGCUGAGGGCUCUGGAGAAGAGUGUGUGUGCCAGAAGCCCGAGACCCUCCACUGCAGGUAGGCCAAAGCCAGUCAUACUGAAAGACUCAGGGAGCAAAAGCCCUUCACGAAGGGCGAGCCGCUUCUCCCGCGCCGCUUCAGCCCGACUAACGGCUUCUGUCUUCACGCCCCCGCUCAGUUCCUUCUCCUCCACCCACACAAAAUGGCCACCGCCACUGAGGAGGAAGGGACCAUCGCGGGGCUUUGGCGGGAAGGGAGCACAGGAGAAAGGCAGGAGGGCGCGUGCGGGAAGGAGAGAAGGGGCAGGACAAGUGAGGAGAAGGGGAAGGGCAGCACCAGUGAGGAGUGAGGGGCGGGGGCAGCAGAGAAGACAAAAGGAGAGAAGGGGGAAGUGGGGCAGUAGCGCAAUGUCGGAUCGGUGCGGCUUUGGUGUCUGCGAUGAGAGCGGCGUGUGGGGCUCCGUGGCGAGAAGCGAUGUGGAGGAGGAGGAGCCCUGCAGCAUGAGGUUAUCUCUUAUUAACACCAGCAUGACUUUAACCACUGAAAUAGGAGGAGUUUUUUCUCCAGAAAUCAACUGUAUAGCUCCUGAUCCUUCAUAUGAAAACCAGAAAUUAAGUUAUGAAGAUCUUUCUCCAGAGGCAAUCCUGUGUCCAGAUACCUUUCUGGAGGAGAUAGUAACACCACAAGAUACAUUUCUACGUGUUUUAGAAGAUUGCCUGAGACCCACUGUGGCUGUGAUUGACACAGAUAACAGCACAGAGGAACAACCCUUCAAUAAAGAUAAAGAUCUUUCAUUGUCAGCCUUUGGGAAGAUUCUCAUGGAAUCAUUGUCACUCACUGAACAGAGCUUAGGGACUGGUGAACUUGAAAUCAGUGAUUGGUUGAGAUUGCUCAGUGAUUCUGGGAGUCCUACAGUAAUAUUAGAGUAUCCUGAUCAUGUCUUUUCCAGUGAUGCACCAGCAGAUAAGAACAGUGAUGCGCUGCCAGUAAAGCUUGUGGCAGAUCUGAAUUCUAUGUCAGGAUCUGUAGUACAGCCUGACACACUUGUAGUGCCAACCAAGAGACAGCUUAACACCAAGGAAGAGCAGGCAAAUUCAGAACUUGAUAUUGCCAGGCAAGUGGGGGAUGACUGUACACAGAUAAUGAGCAUGCUUGAGCCUCAGCUUCCUGUGAUUCAGGUGGACAAAUCAAAAACUGAAUCAAAAACUUUAACAAGAUCUAGUUUGCAGAGGUCAACAUAUGAGCAGCUUGUGAGUAAUCAUCAGAAAAGGAAAGAAGUAAUUUCAAAUUUUUGGAGUGCAACCUGUAAUGAAAAAGGAACUAGGAAGGGAAGUUCACAUUUAGUAGAGGCUGUUCUAUGCGCAGAAACCGCUAAAACAACGUCAGGGAGGACGAUGGAGAUAAGAGAGACUUCCUCAGUAAGGUACAGAGAUAGUGUUUCCGGUCAUGAACGUAUGCCAGAAGGACUGCAAAAACUGCCUCACAAUCUCACUACAAGAAGCAAAGCUAAAUAUUUUAGUAAGAUUCAGAAAUCUUCUAAAAACAAGCAAGAUCCAGAAAUCAACAGGUCCCAAGAAGUAUCUAAGAAUGAGGAUAGAAAAGCUGACGAGAGAAGGAGGAGCAAAAGAAUCAGAGAUAAAAUGAGACUAGAAUUCUAUCAUAGGAGUUUCACAAAUCCUCAAUACCGUGUUAUGCUUUCAAGAAUUAAUAAGAGGAAUGCAUAUGGUGAGACUUUACUACACAGAGCUGUUGUUGCUGAAGAUCUAAACCGUGUACAUAACCUAAUAAAAGCUGGUGCAAAUGUAGAUGAUAAGGAUCAUGCUGGCUGGACUGCACUACAUGAAGCAAGUUUAGAAGGCUAUUACUGGAUAGCAAAGGAGCUUUUGAAAGCAGGAGCUGAUGUCAAUGCUCGAGGAGAUGAACAAAUAACACCAUUGCAUGAUGCAGUUAAAGAAGGCCAUUAUAAGGUAGCAGCAUUAUUACUCCAUUAUGGAGCUGAUCCCUUAUUAAAAAAUGAGAUGGGAAGGAAUGCAUUAGAUGAAGCUUCUGACCUGUGCAUGAAGAGACUGUUAAAACGCCAUCUAGCAAGAUAUGAAAGAGAUUCAGUGUCAGGUGGAGGUGGUGCAGAGAAUACAUUAAGUGCUCAAAGCACAGAGGAUAGAAACCUGCACCAGGGUUCCUUACAAAUUGAUGAGUCAGAACUAGCGUGUGCAAAUCUUACUGAUUCAGGCAGCACAGACAUAAUGCAACAGACUAUUGAAAAUGAGGUGCAAAUGGAUGAUGGAACCAGCUGCAUGGAAUGCAUUCUUAAAGUAAAUACAGAAACACUCCUUGUGCAUGAGCUUUUUGCGACUUCUAGUGAAGUGAGUUCUUCUAGAAGUCCUUCUAAUUCUAUUGAUGAUGUACUGAACAACAAUGAACAAAAGGCUCUACAACCAGAAACAAGAGUGGAUAUCCUGCUUAAUGCAGAACAAUGCACUGGAAGAUGUCACAUGAAGGAAGCUAAAGAUGCUCAUAGUUUAGAGAUAUUGUUCAGAGCUUUACAACUCCAUGACAAGAAAGUAUAUCAAAUUAAACGGAAGAGACAAGAUCUUAAGGACACCAACUCAAAGUCAGAUAAAGGAAGAUUUUCUGGAAUGGAUGGAACAGAAGGCACAGAAAAGAAUAAAGAAAGAAGUGAAAAGAGCAACGUGCUCUUGCAGUUCUCUGAAGUAGAAGUCCAAGCGAAAAAAUUAAGGUUAGACCCACAAGAGACAAGACAAAAGACAGACUUGUGUUUUAGUGUAAGGAAAAACGAGCUUUCGUCUACUCAUUCAAAAUUCAAUCAAGCAUCAGCAGAGCAAACAACUAAGAAAUCAGCACCUGAGACGAAAAAGAGAAAGAAGAAAAGUGCAAAAGGAGAAACUGAGCUUCAUAUUGCUGCUAGGAGGGGAAAUUUAUCUUUGGUGAAAACUCUGAUAUCAUCUGGAAUUCCUGUAAAUGAACAGGACAAUGCAGGUUGGACAGCAAUUCAUGAAGCUUCUGCUGGUGGAUUUACUGAAGUGAUCUCAGAAUUACUGAAAGCUGGUGCUGAUGUUAACAGCAGAGGUCUGGAUGGUAUUUUGCCAAUACAUGAUGCUGUUUAUAUCAAUUCUUUGGAGGCAGCCAGGAUUCUACUGCAGCAUGGAGCAAAUCCAUGUGAGAGGAAUGAUUCUGGGAGAAGUGCUUUGGAUGAAGCUUGUGAUGAUGAAAUGAAAGAACUGCUGAUGUCUUACUGUUCUGUUGAAUAUGUACUUCCUGUUGAAACUAGUGACGUUACAGUUGCAAAGUGUACUAUAGGUCAAGAAGACAAAAUGUACUGCAGGUCAAGAAGACAAAAAACUGUUUGUUUUAAAUGUUGGGAAAAUGGUGAUACUUCUUCGGAGCCACAAAGUGAGAAAUACAGUGUGAAUACUGUUGCUGCCAUACAAGAUAUUGAAAAGAAGCAGAAAGAGCUGUUGUUACUUGAACUGAGAACUUCUGAAGAUGCAGAUUUGUUUACCCAAGGCGUGUCUCAGAUAGAAGGUACUUUGAAUAAAGUGUUUGCAGAACAGAAAGCAGACAGGGCUGCCCUUGUUAAAAAAUACAGGCAAAAGAAUCUGUUGACUGUUGUCCAAAACCAGAAGAAAUUACUCCAGAAAAUAGAAAAUUAUAGAAAAACAAAGCAAGUGUUCAGAGCAUCAGAUUCAGAGAAGCAAAUCAUGAAUCCCAACGUUGUUACAUAUGCUAUAGGGCUUGGUGCCAGUAUGCCUAAUGAAAACAGAGUAAAACCACAUCUCUCUUCAGAAAAUAUAUUUUCAGCUCAGGAGUGCAGCCAGUCUCCAAACAACUGCUUGGCUGAGACAGAAACUAACAAAGAAGCAGUAAGAGGCAAAGUGGUUUCUGAUAGCACUUCAGCAUCUGAAAACUGGAUAAGAAAAUGUUACUUCUAUGACAUGUCAGGGUUGACAAAUGCUAUAGAGUUAGUGGCAUUGCCUUCAAAACCUGCAGCUUCCACUGCUAAAACUAACUGUUUGCAGCAAAAGGACAUUGAUCACAUACCAGUUGGAGAGCAAGGAAAUGAGUUAUUAGAUCCCACUUCAGUGACCAACACAUUAAGUAUUUCAGAAGCCCAAAGCACUGCUGCCAGUAACAAUGUUUGUCAGCCAGGUGGUGACUGUCAGCAGGUUCUUGCCGAUGAGGGUGUAUGCAGAUAUGUAGAUAAGAAAAAAGCUCUCCAACAGCACCAGCAAGUAAUAACAUCAGCAUCCACAGAUAACUUUCCUAAUCUGCAUGAAAUGUUCUUUCGGAGUCAUGGGAACUCAUUUAAUGCAGAAUCAAUGGCUGCAAAUUUUGCAUCAAACACAGAUUAUCCAGUAAACCUUAGUGAGAAAUCUUUCCAGAACUAUGGUUACAAGGAAUGUGAACAAAAACAAAGGAAAUAUGUGAGAAAAAACACAAAAAAACUUCAGCUGAUAGAUCUUCUUGAAUUGGGAAUGAUUAAGCCAGGAGAAAAUGUUUUGGAAUUCACACUGAAGGAAUUCACUUGCAAAGCCACACUCUUAACAAAUGGCAAGAUCAAAACAAGUAAAAACAAAAUAUUUCAGAAUCCAGUUCAAUGGGUUAAAGACCUACUAGGAAAUGAUAUUUAUGUGACAUGGAAGUAUGCAUGGAACAAGGUUGCUUAUCGUGGGAAACAGUUGUCAAAGCUUGUUGUUGAAGAUGCUUCUGUUUCUAUUGACCUGGAAAUACCAUCACAACAGAGAGAGCUUGCAGAAACUGUGAAAACAUUUCCAUGCACUGAAGGAGAAGCAGCUGAAAGUCUCCCCACUGCCAGAGAAUUAAACAGUUUCUCUGUCCAGUUCAACUCAGCAGAAAGUCCAACGUGUUUUCUUCAGUUCACUGAGUUACUCAUCAUAUGUACAGAGGAAUUUCUACCACAGCCUGUAAUGGAAAAGCACUGGAAUUUCUACAGGGCAUGUGAAGAUUUUGGAUUCUGAAGUCUAACUGCUAAUGCUUUUUUCUUCCAUCAUCAUAUAGUUCUAAAUAUACAAAUGUUUGCUUCUAAGUGCUUUGUUACUAUUGUUUUGAUAAAUCAUUUGCCCUCUGCUUGUAAUGGGCUGAAAGAUUGUUUGGUUUAACUGCAGAGUACUUUGUAGCAGAUGAGGGUAAUUGUCGCUAUUGAAUUUUGUGCUUUAAUGUUCUGAAAUGGACAGGGCUUGUUAUAGACUGGUCCACAAAUUGUAUUCUAUGUUACUAGCUUUGUAUGAAACUCCACUGAUUUCUGUAGCCUUUUAUCCUCUCAUGCUGGACAGUGCCAGAUAGAUAUCAAUACCAAUGAACAAUCAGCAGCAACUUUGCUUUGUGAAGCUUGGUUAUAUACAAACAAUUGAGAAUGGGAUGUAUGCUGGGAAAAGUUAUAAGAAGGCUCUUAGCCUUUGAAAAUGCUCACAGAAAUUCAGUUGUUGAUUCAACCAAAUCCAUCUGACGGUCAAAAAAUGUGCCGGCACAAGACAGGAAGUACAGUGAGACUGAUUCUGGUAAAUGAAUUUUUUAGUCUAGUAACAUCCAGGAUUUUCAGCCUGAUUACUGGAGGAUUUCUGUUUGUUUUGACUUUGCACAGUGUGAAUCUGGCUCAGUAGCAUGUUUAUAAUACAUUUGACUGUUAGGAGAAUUAUCUGUAUUCAAGUGGUGUUCUAGCUCUUUCAUUCCCUGAGUUGUAAGAAGACUUGAGAUAAUAACGCCUACUACUCCGAACUCGAAUGAAUGGGGUGAGAAAUACCUCCUGUCAAUACAUAACAUACUCAGCUUGCUAUUUGGAGUGUGAAGAGCUGUUCUGCAGGGAUUUGAUUAGUGUCUUAAACAGGAGGAGGUUUAGGGGAGAGAGAGGCUUCUGAUGGUCAGAGAGUUAAUACUGUGCCUGAGGAUGCAUGAGCAAUCAUUGCCUGUUAGGCUGUAAGGAUUAAAAGGGGAAAAAAAAGAAAAAAGAAAAAAAAAAGAAAGAAAA